AUGACUAACGCAAUAAAAAACGUCACCGGCGCUGAAGGUAAACUGCAACUGAUAAACAUACUGCGAACAAAUAAAUGUAGUUUAAUAGCAGAUGAAUCCACAGAUAGGUCCUGUUCGAAGCAUUUGUGCCUAGUUGCCCGAGUUGUGGUUAAUUUUAAUAUAAAGGACUACUUUCUAGCCCUUUUGCCAGUUAGGGAAGCUACGGGGGCUACCUUGUUUACAUUAAUCGAUGACUUUUUUAAAAAACACAAUAUCCCUUUCGAAACAAAUCUUAUCGGAUUUGCUGCCGAUGGAGCAAACAACAUGAUGGGCGCCCAUAAUUCCCUAGCCAGUAGACUUAGGGAAAAAUGCCCCAAUUUGUUUAUGAUGAAGUGUGUCUGCCACAGCUUCCAUCUUUACGCAUCAUACGCAUGCGAGAAGCUACCAAGCGAAGUAGAACAGUUGGCAAGAGAUGUAAGGCUUUUUAGUGGUGUACAUAUAUAUUUUUUAUUAUGA